AUGGACGCGAAACAUUCAGCCUUUUCACAGAAAGUCGAGUUCUUCGAACAGUUUGAAGCGUCAGUUUCUGGAAAUGACGAUUUGGCUCUUUCUGAAUUGGCCCAACGUCGAAAGAGCCGAUGUUUUUUCGAGCCAAAGCCCGAGGCCCGUUCGGAGCGCGAUGCUCCCAAACACGCGGCGGAAGACGGCUCGAUGCUUCGGCCGCUCUCAGUGGCCACACCAGAGCCUGUGACAGUAGACCUUUCGAACGAGGUCGAGAUCAUCAAAGCCACACCCACUCAGAGGCGGCGCAAAACGGGGCCCGCCAAGGUUCGCCCAGAGCACGAGCAGAUAUUCAAGGGUUUGGAGUUCUUCUACAUCCCGGACAAUGACAUUGCGCCGACGCGGCGGCAGCGGAUCGCGAAGGCGGUCGAGUAUGGCGCGACGAGGACGGGGGCGGUGGACAGGGCGACGCAUGUUGUGGUGGACAGGAGCAUCUCGUACAAGGACAUCGAGAAGAUCAUCUCUCAGGGUCGCAAGGAGAGGGAGCCGUUGGUCGUUGUGAAUGAGGAUUACCCCGUUGACUGCAUCCAGUUCAAGGCAAUCCUGGACCCUACGCAGGCCAAAUAUCUACUCACGGGGCAACCGCCACCAGUCACUGCGGACGCCAACGAGGAAGAGGUGUCAGGGAAACCCACGCUUCCUACGACCCCAAAACCUGACAGUCUGAGCAGAUCGCUUCAGCUGAAGCCUCCGCACAAAAAUCGGAGUAAAUGGGAUUAUGUCCCCCUUGAAGAAGAAUCGCCUCAGAGAAGAGAGGAAUCACCGGCCUCUCAGGCAAGCCAUGUGAGCGGGACACCCAUCCCGAUGGACUCGCAGCCUAUUGAGCUCGACAUGGGGUUUUCGAGAGAUGAGCAAUUAGAACCAGGGCCGCGCGCAGACGACAAUGUCUCUGAUAGUAUUGUCGUGGCGAUCGAUGACCCCGACUCCCCAGUCGACGAACCAGCGAGCCGGACCAAGCCUUCAAUCACACACAAGGAUGAACUAUCUGACUACAUCGCACUUAUGCAGGAGUAUAAGGACGUUCCGCUAGAUGCAGACGAGGAGGAGGAGACGAAUGUCUCUGAAGGUUCAGGUCGAGAAUCAGGGUCAGACGGGGAGAUCUCGAGCAAGAAAAAGCCAGUCAGGUCUGAUCAGAAACCUAAUCGCAAAGGUAUUCGCUUUGAGGACCGGUUUGCAUGUAGCCAUGCGGGAGUCAAGGAUGCAAAAGGAGGCAACCCCAACUCCAGAACGAUCGAGAUACUUGAGAAGAUGGCAAGCUACUAUGACAGGACAAACGACCAAUGGCGCACAAUUGCAUAUCGCAAGGUCAUCAGCACCCUUAAACGGCAGACCGUCAAGAUCACGACCGAGGAGGAAGCCUUCCGGCUCCCGAGUAUCGGCCGGCGAUUGGCGCAGAAGAUUGAGGAGAUUGUGACUACAGACCGGCUACAGAGACUAGAGUACGCUGAGGCAGAGCCGCUGGACGAGGCGUUGCAACUAUUUCUACAGAUAUAUGGUGUGGGGACUAGCCAGGCACAGCAAUGGAUUGCUCAAGGAUUCCGCACGCUGGAGGACCUGAAGGAGAAGGCGAAGCUUACCCCCAACCAGCUGCUGGGCAUCGAGCACUACGACGACCUGAACACCAAGAUUCCUCGCAGCGAGGUUGAGGCUCUUGGCGUCAUUGUGAAGAAGACGGCGGCUACUAUUGACCCCGACGUGGAGCUCAUAAUUGGGGGCAGCUACCGCAGAGGGUCAGAUAAGUCGGGUGAUAUAGACUUCAUCGUCACGAAGCCUGACACGGAGUCGUCGCUUGAGUUGCGACCGUUCCUCGACAAGUUGGUACAGCGCCUCGAGGAGAGCAAGUUUCUCGUCGCGAGACUGGCCUCGUCGCGGACGGGAAGUGACGGGAGUAAAUGGCAUGGGUGUUGUGUGUUACCUGAGGGCGCGCGCGGUGCAGACACGGGGGGAUAUCGCUCGAUCUGGAGGCGGAUUGACUUCCUGGUGGUACCUGCAUCCGAGCUGGGUGCUGCACUACUCUACUUUACCGGGAACGACAUCUUCAACCGCAGUAUGCGAUUGCUGGCGUCAAAGAAGGGGAUGAGGUUGAACCAGCGGGGUCUCUUCAAGGACGUCAUGCGGGGGGCUGGACGGGCCAAGGUAACGGAGGGAGAGCUUGUGGAAGGCAGGGAUGAAAAGAGGAUAUUUGAGGUUCUGGGCGUGAAAUGGCGGGAGCCGCAUGAGAGAUGGUGUUGA